UUGCUGUUGGAAUCCAUAAAAAACAGUCUCGAAUCACAAUGGCUCCUCCUUCAGAAGACACAUUGACAAAGGUUUCUACGGAUGCGGCAACCGACUUUGUCCAGUCCUUCUACCCUGCCCUCGAGAACAACCGUUCCACGAUAGCCUCGUUCUACAGCCAGCCUACGGCCAUGAUCCUUUUCAACGGAAACGCUGUCGCCGAUGGAGCCGCUGUCCAAGAAAUUUUCGUCAAUCAAAUGUCCCCGACGCAUUAUGAGGUGCAGUCUGUCGAUUGCCAGAUUAUCAACAAGGCGUAUCCGACACCUACAUCCACUGGAGUGAAGCUCCCCACUGAAACGACUGUCAAGGACAUGUCUAUCUUGGUGGUCGUUAGCGGCUAUGUGCGCUUUGGAGAGUCCAGAGAUCUGCCGCAACGAGGCUUCAGCGAGACCUUUGUGCUGGUGCCGAAUCCAUCCGCCGACGGGCCCAAGGGAAAGCGCAAGCGAGAAUGGCUUAUCCAAACCCAGAACUUCCGACUCGUCGUAUGAAGGAUCAACACCAAAGUUUAUUUGAUGGAAGAGGACGCCUUCUACUAUGUCUUUGACGAAAAUUACUAGAAUUGCUAUUGCGGUGUGACGACAUGAUAAACACAUUAUGCGCUAUGAUCCAACCACGCGAUUACACAUUUUGAGCCGCAGAAGGAAAACGGAAAGAAAUCCAAGGAAAUACCCCACGACACGCCAAGCGAAGACUCCCGAAACAAAGCGACUGCUAUCUCAUCACUGGGCCGCAGA